AUAAAAUCUUGACAUCAAUAAAGAAGACGUGGAAUAAUGUUAUGCACCCAUGCCUUCAGAAUGAUAAGGUGGAAACACUGAUUCCUUCAGAGCUUAAUGCAGAUUCAGCUAUUCCUAAUCUAAAGGAUGAUGCUGGUCUGGGGAGCUCUGAAUUAAACACUGAAAUCAAACCGGACAAACAACGAAAGGCUUUCUUUGGCUGUCUCUGGAGGGGCAAGGUGGAGUCGAUGCCGACUCCACAGCUUAAAGCCGAUCCAGCUAUCCCUGAUGUUAGGGAAGUUGUUGAUCCGGCAUCUCAGUCAAAGACCUACGUUGGUCCGAAGAAACAGAAAAAGAAACAAAAGGCUUCAAAGAGCCGCAAAUGUAACCUCCAGGGAGAAAAAGUGACUGUUGUGCCAACUCAACAGCCCAAGGCUAUUUCAGAUAUUCCUGUUGGCAUGGAUGUUCCUGCUCUGGCCGGCCCCCAAUCAAAAACAAAGAUUCAUCCGGAUAAACUCAAGACAUUGAAGCAACGCUUACUUGGAUGCUUCCAGAGGGGCAAAGUGGAGUCAAUGCCGACUUCACAGAUUGAAGCCGAUCCAGCUAUCCCUGAUGCCAGGGAAGUUGUUGAUCUGGCAGAUUCUCAAUCAAAGAUUGUUGGCUUAAAGAAAAAACAAAAAAAGGCUUCAAAGAGCCGCUCAUUUCACAACCCUUGGAGAAAAAAAGGGAAGAGUAAAGUGAAAAAAGAUGCCGAUCCAGCAAUUCCUGAUGCCAUGGAUGGUGCGGAUCUGGCCAGUUUGGGUGGCAUCGCUGCAGCCAAUGCCAGGCUACAAAAGAUAGGUGCCAUUCCAGAGAAUAUCGGGUUAAAGGGUGGCGAAAAUCCCGACCCAAAUAAAGCUCCUGGGCCUAAAAAUGUCAGGCCAAAAGCUCUAAAUGUCUUUCAACGAGCUAUUGAAGCGCUAAGAGAGAUUAAACCAGUUGAUCCCCCAGAGUCUUAUGAAACAUUUUUUUCCAAAUAUCAACUCUUGGAGCAUAAAGUGCUUGGACAAGGUAGCUUUGGCAAAGUGUACAAAGGGAUCCGUAGAUCGGAUGGGAGUUCGGUUGCCAUCAAACGAAUAAUCAAACGAAAGCGUGAAAGAACGCUUAAGAUUCCUGGACACCCCGAACCGCUCAUUACAGAAGUGGCGCUGAUGGUUAAGUUAAGAGAUGCUCCCUCAUGCCCCAGUGUCAUAGGGUUGUAUGAGUGGUAUGAGACAAGACAAUUUCACAAUCUCGUGUUGGAGUACCCUCGGCACAGUGUAUCCUUGUGGGAUUUUGUUACCAGUCAAAUACAACUAAGCGAAUAUACAGCAAGACAUCUCAUGCGUCAGGCGGUACUGGCAGUGCAACACUGUCUGGAUAAUGGAGUUUUCCAUACAGACCUCUAUGCCAGCAACUUCUUGGUGCAGAAAUCAACAAUGACCCUGAAGUUAAUUGACUUUGGACUUGGACAUCUUCUUAAGUAUGAUGGCUUUAAGUCCCACGUCUUUAAAGGAGCUCCAUUUUGCACCCCGCCUGAGAUCAAAACGGCUAAGAAAUUCCACGCCAUGCCAGCAAACGUCUGGGCCUUAGGUGCUUUGCUGUACUUCAUGGUGCUUGGAAUUUCACACCUUUAUUCCAAAAAGCUUUACUUGAAGGAAAAGGGUUUAUCAAACGAAAUCUGUGAUCUGAUAAAAAGAUGCCUGGCCAAAAAUCCAAGUGAUCGUCUGACGCUCAAGCAGAUCUUAGAUCAUGACUGGUUUAAAACUGAGUAAGAUGAAGAAGAGCUACUCUUUCACAAAAUGAGAUACAUAACACAGACGAAGCUUAAUGACUGAAGGAGAGAGGAAUGAUGGGAGAUGCUGUUUUCAUGGAUGAGUUUCUACAACCAGAAACCAAGAAUAGCACCUUGAACACAUUAAAUAAAAAUGUUUUAAUUCUUUAAAUUCAUAUUGUUUUAAUUCUUUUAAGUUGUAUAAUAUAGUAUCUAAUAUAUAGUUUAUCCUCUAUAGAAUCAGCUAUGUCUGGCUCUCUCUUUAGGGUUUUUUUCUCCUACAGUAGGAGUUUAGGGAGUCAGCUUACAUUGGCUUAACUUAAAUCUCUCUUCUAUACAUUACAUUAUUACAAUGCUUGAUAGUUCAGUUUAAUCUGUACUUUGCAACUUAUGUUGUCCCUUGAUUUUUCUGUGUUUUCCUUUUUUUAUUAAUGUAAAGCUGCUUUGAAAUAAUUAAACAAUUGUGAAAAGUGCUACAGUAUAUAAAUAAAAUUAAAUUUAAUUGAAUAUGGAAGACUUUCUUUAGCAGAUGUUUUAAUUUUUUUAUUUGAUCAAACUGAUUAACUUGGGUCACUUACACAUGUUUUUCAUAUGCAAUAUCAAACCCUUGACCUUGGUAUAAAAUACUUUUAACUUAUUAAAUCCAAUCAGACCUGUUAAACCUGAUGUUGUUUUAAACCAAAUAAAUAAGUACACUUGACCUAAACCUUGAAAUAUAUUAUUCAUUACUCUGUGAUUUUUUUUAAUCAACAAGACAGUUUUAGUUUAAAUUAAUUUAUUUUAGCUUAUUUAAAUCUGUGUAUUUGAACAUUUCACCAAUAGCAUAAAUUAUACUGCUAUUGUUUUAGGACUGUUGUUUAUUUAUUCAACUGCAGCUAUUUUUGUUAUCAUUGUUGGCUGUUAUUUUGUUGCAAUUGGCCUUAAAUGAAUCUAGAAAUGCACUUUAGCCGCAGAAAUUAUUUACUGUUUUAAAGCGCUCGAAACACCUGCUGGUGAAAACAGAAAAGCAACACGAUCUCACUCCAAACAUUUUACACUUUUUACACAAUAAUUGCAAGAUUUUUCUAAAAU